CCAGCGAAGCGCUCGCCGGCCACUGCUGGGGCAUGAGCCAGAGGUUCACCGUCACGGCCCUGCCCCGGGAGGAGGGGGCCCCCUGCCAAGAGGCAGCUGCCGCUCUCCAUGGAGAUGCCGCCCCCCUGCAAGGGGCCCAGCCUGGCAGCCUCUCCCGAGAAGACAGCAAAGGCGAUGGCAACCCCAAGGAGAGCAGCCCCUUCAUCAACAGCACCGACCUGGAGAAGGGCAAGGAGUACGACGGGAAGAACAUGGCCCUCUUCGAGGAAGAGAUGGACACCAGCCCCAUGGUCUCGUCCCUGCUGAGCGGCCUGGUGAACUACACCAACCUGCCGCAGGGCAGCCGGGAGCAUGAGGAGGCGGAGAACAACGAUGGAGCCAAAAAGAAACCUGUGCAGGCUCCGCGGAUGGGCACUUUCAUGGGCGUUUACCUGCCCUGCCUGCAAAACAUCUUUGGGGUGAUCCUCUUCCUGCGCCUCACCUGGGUGGUGGGAAUUGCUGGCAUCAUGGAGUCGUUCUGCAUGGUCAUUCUUUGCUGCUCCUGCACGAUGCUGACGGCCAUUUCCAUGAGUGCCAUCGCUACGAACGGCGUCGUGCCAGCGGGUGGCUCCUACUACAUGAUCUCGCGCUCUCUGGGGCCCGAGUUCGGAGGGGCUGUGGGGCUGUGCUUCUACCUGGGCACCACCUUCGCGGGAGCCAUGUACAUCCUGGGCACCAUCGAGAUCCUUCUGGCCUAUAUCUUCCCCGCCAUGGCCAUUUUCGAGGGAGAGGAUGCCAGCGAGGAGGCCGCGGCCAUGCUCAACAACAUGCGUGUCUACGGCACCUGCGUGCUCACCUGCAUGGCCACGGUGGUGUUCGUCGGGGUCAAGUACGUCAACAAGUUUGCCUUGGUUUUCCUGGGCUGCGUCAUCCUCUCCAUCCUGGCCAUCUACGCUGGGGUCAUCAAGUCUGCCAUCGACCCCCCCAGCUUCCCGAUCUGUUUGCUGGGUAACAGGACGCUGUCGCGCCACGGCUUCGACAUCUGUGCCAAGCUGGUGCUGGAAGGGAACGAGACAGUGGGCUCCAAGCUGUGGGAGCUGUUCUGCACCUCCAAAUUCCUCAACGCCACCUGUGAUGAGUACUUCCUGAGGAACAACGUGACCGAGAUCCAGGGCAUCCCGGGUGCUGCCAGUGCGCUCAUCAAAGAGAAUCUCUGGAGCACGUAUCUGACCAAGGGGGUGAUUGUGGAGAAGCAGGGGGUGCCCUCGGUGGCCCUCGUGGACCCCGUUAUCGACUUGGACCAGCCCUACGUCUUCAGUGACAUGACCUCAUACUUCACCCUGCUGGUGGGCAUCUACUUCCCGUCCGUCACAGGUAUAAUGGCCGGCUCCAACCGAUCAGGAGACCUGCGGGAUGCUCAGAAAUCCAUCCCCACAGGGACCAUCCUGGCCAUCGCCACAACGUCUGCUGUCUAUAUCAGCUCCGUGAUUCUCUUCGGCGCCUGUAUCGAGGGGGUCGUCCUCCGUGACAAGUUUGGCGAGGCUGUCAAUGGGAACCUGGUGGUUGGCACCCUCGCCUGGCCAUCUCCAUGGGUGAUUGUUAUCGGAUCCUUCUUCUCCACGUGUGGGGCAGGUCUGCAGAGCCUCACAGGAGCCCCCCGCCUCCUCCAGGCCAUCUCCCGGGACGGGAUCGUCCCCUUCCUGAGGGUCUUCGGCCACGGCAAAGCCAACGGGGAGCCCACCUGGGCGCUGCUCCUCACCGCCUGCAUCUGCGAGAUCGGGAUCCUCAUCGCCUCCCUGGACGAGGUCGCCCCCAUCCUCUCCAUGUUUUUCCUGAUGUGCUACAUGUUUGUCAACUUGGCGUGCGCGGUGCAGACGCUGCUGAGGACACCCAACUGGCGGCCCCGGUUCCGAUAUUACCACUGGACACUCUCCUUCCUGGGCAUGAGCCUCUGCCUGGCCCUGAUGUUCAUCUGCUCCUGGUACUACGCUCUCGUGGCCAUGCUAAUCGCCGGCCUCAUCUACAAGUACAUCGAAUACAGGGGAGCGGAGAAGGAGUGGGGCGAUGGCAUCCGAGGACUGUCGCUCAGUGCGGCACGCUACGCUUUGCUUCGGCUGGAGGAGGGACCCCCGCACACCAAGAACUGGAGGCCUCAGCUGCUGGUUCUGGUCCGAGUGGAUCAGGAGCAGAACGUGGUGCACCCGCAGCUCCUGUCUCUCACCUCCCAGCUCAAGGCCGGCAAGGGGCUGACGAUCGUGGGCUCUGUGCUGGAAGGGACCUUCCUGGAUAAUCACCUGCAGGCCCAGCGGGCGGAGGAGUCCCUGCGCCGCCUGAUGGAAGCGGAGAAGGUGAAAGGCUUUUGCCAGGUCGUGAUCUCGUCCAACCUGCGGGAUGGCGUGUCCCACCUCAUCCAGUCCAGCGGGCUCGGUGGCCUGCAGCACAACACUGUGCUGGUGGGGUGGCCACGCAACUGGCGGCAGAAGGAAGAUCACCAGACCUGGAGGAACUUCAUUGAGCUGGUGCGGGAGACCACGGCCGGCCACCUGGCCCUGCUGGUCACCAAGAAUGUUGCCAUGUUCCCGGGCAACCAAGAGCGGUUCUCCGAGGGCCACAUUGACGUCUGGUGGAUCGUCCAUGACGGGGGGAUGCUGAUGCUGCUGCCUUUCCUGCUGCGGCACCAUAAGGUUUGGCGUAAAUGUAAGAUGCGCAUCUUCACGGUGGCGCAGAUGGACGAUAACAGCAUCCAGAUGAAGAAGGACCUGACGACAUUCCUGUACCACCUGCGCAUCACAGCCGAGGUGGAGGUGGUGGAGAUGCAUGAGAGCGACAUCUCAGCCUACACCUACGAGAAGACCCUGGUGAUGGAGCAGCGCUCGGAGAUCCUCAAGCAGAUGCACCUCACCAAGACCGAGCGGGAGCGAGAGAUCCAGAGCAUCACGGACGAGUCCCGCGGCUCCAUCCGGCGCAAGAACCCUGCCAACCCCCGGCUGCGGCUGAGCGUCCCGGAGGAGCAGGUGGGCGACAGCGAGGAGAAGCCGGAGGAGGAGGUGCAGCUCAUCCACGAUAAGAACGCCACGGCCUUCGCCAGCAGCCCCCAGUCACCCAGUGACGAGGUGGAGACGGCCCCUGAGAAGGUGCAUCUCACCUGGACCAAGGAAAAGUCUGUUGCGGAGAAGAACAAGAGCAAGAGCCCCGUCAGCCCCGAAAGCAUCAAGGACUUCUUCAACAUGAAGCCGGAGUGGGAGAACCUGAACCAGUCCAACGUGCGGCGGAUGCACACAGCCGUCAAGCUUAACGAGGUCAUCGUCAAGAAGUCACAGAACGCCAAGCUGGUCUUGCUGAACAUGCCAGGUCCACCCCGCAACCGGAAGGGGGAUGAGAACUACAUGGAGUUCCUGGAGGUGCUAACGGAGCACCUGGACCGGGUCAUGCUGGUGCGCGGCGGGGGCCGGGAAGUCAUCACCAUCUACUCCUGAAACACCAACUGCUGAGCUGAAGAAGUUUUUUUGCACCCUGAGAGACCCCCACCGACCUCUUUGCACCUGGCUCCGGGGGGGCAGGAGGGUGGUUCUGCUUGUGCUUGGUGCUCAGAAACUUCACCAUGCCCCCCACUCGCUCCAUUCGAACUGCAGCCCCUGAUACUCCAGGAGCAACCAGCACCAGCGCCGCUGUUCCUCAUCGCGCCAGCACAGCCCUGCGGUGGGUGUUUAUAUAUAAAUAGAGACAGUAGCUCUGAGCCUGAGCCCCAGGGCCUGGAGCGUUACCACCACCGCUGGCCUCCGUGUGGGGCAGGAAGGGGGGCUGGCCAGGCUCUCAGUCAGUGCUUCCGCGGAGCCCCCGGAUGGCUGGCGUGGGUGCCUUGGGCCCUUGGGACAAGGCUCCCUCCCCCUCGCUCUGCUAUAGUUGGACACAUUGAGGUUUGUGGGACACGUUUGCUGCCCUGCCCCGCCUGCUGACGUGUCCUUUGGAGCCCGUUCGCCUGGGCAAGGCCACCCACAUUCUCGCCUCGCCCCACCGCUCCCAGGCACCUGCAGUGCCAGCCACAGGCCUCUUGCCAAGGUGGGCUCAGCAAAGCGCAGCCCUCCUGCUGCCCGUCCCUGGAAACCACAGCCACACUCUGUGGCCCCCCCGUGCUGGCUGGGACAGGUGAGUGCUGCAGGGCUGGGCAGGGAGGAGGCAGGUCCUGCAGUGCGUCGGAGCGAAGGACAGCGCCACGCUGCCGUUGUCGUGAGGUGCCCUAGAUCCACCGGCUGGGUGAGAGGGGCCUGACCUGGCCAGGGGCUGCAUCCCAGCGGGGGGCAGGGAGGGUGUCAGUGGGGACAUGGACAAAGUUUUUCUCCUCCCCCCACCCCCCGCUCAGCACAGGCCCACGUGGCUGCCCCACCCUGACUCACCUGCUCCAGGGUGUGGUGCCUGAGCUGGGCUGGGGCAGCGCGCUCACUGCAUGCUGUUCGCACGCGCUGCACAGCCCUGGGAACGCAGGGGCGCACGUCUGGCUAGUGCCAUGCACAGCCAUGCUGCACAGCAGCUCCAGACGGGAGGCCUGUGUCCCUCCCCCCACACCAUGCAUGGGACCGGGCAUGAGUCCAGCGCCCACGGCAUGGGCAUGAACAGCCUCCCUGUGACCCUCCUCAGCCUCGUGCCCCCUGUGUCCUCUCCCCCAUGGCAACCUCCUCCAAGCCAUGUUGCUGCUUCAGGGGCUGCUGGGUAAAGACCAUAGGUAUUCAAAGUUUAUAAAUAUGCAAAUCAGCUCAAUCUCACCCCCCACCCUGGCCCACCCCUGUACCAGCAGCAGGUCACUGACAGUCCCCGGCUGGGAUGCAGCCUCCCCAGGUCACAUGGGCCCAUGAGCAGCUCUGCACCUGCACACAUGGCUGUGGGCUUGUUUAGACAUGUCAAACCUUGGUCCCAGUCCCUCCUCCCCCCUCAGCAUCUCUCACUUUACUGAGAAACUGAGGCGCUUUUAACCAAUGUGAAUAGUUCUAGGAACCACAGCGGACGUGGAGGCCGGGAGGGCAGAGGGUUCGCCCAGCCCGGGCGCCUGCCCUGCUGUAUAUAAUGUACAUAAUACUGUAUGUGUAUUUUUAAAGUGAUCAUAUUUAUGUUCCUAGCCCCAGAUGAAGUCUAUAUCUAGAGAUCUAUAUCUAUGCUGAGAGAUGCAAGGAGUCGCUAGCGCCAGUGAAUUCUGGCUCCAGCUUUUAGGCUCAGUCUGGGGCCCAGGCCCGUGAGCUCCAAGAGGUUUUGCUGAGGCUGCUCCCCCUGGAGAGGGCGGCUUUUCCUCGUCGUUCACGUGCGGGGGUGAAGGCUGCAGCGUCUCUGGCCUAUAGCGCGUCCCAUGGGGAGGGCCAGCUCACGGGGUCAUUCUCUUUGAAUUUUGCUGCUUAGUCUUUUCAGGGAAAAGAAGUUACAGAAUUUUCUGAACUUGUUUCACAGCAGAUUUGAGCUUCCAAUCUGAGUGCAGCCUGCUCCGGCGGGCCUUCUCCGUGCUGCGCCGGCCUCUCCCCCAGCCGAGACGGAGCAGCUUCACUGCUCAGACGUGUGGCCCAGAGCUGAGCCCCAGACCCACCUCUUAGCCUCCAUUGCAGCACUGGGAAUGGGCCCGUGCAGAUUGCCACGGGAGCAGCCCUGUGCCUUCUGCAGGCGGGAGAUGGUUCAGAGGCCCAUGGCUUGAUGCCAGUAAAGGGCUAACGUCUCGUACAAUGACUCCCCUUGGAGAAGGCAGCUGGGCCCCUUCUCAGACAGUGCUGGCUCCCCGUAGGCCCCCUUCCUUUCCUAUCCUGCUGCCCUUGCUCAAUGCUCUCUAGGGAAGAGCAUCCCGUGCCCAGCGCUCCCUGGCAAUAGACUCAAACCUGUGGGCGUGAAUGGCCCCGGCGGCAGCUCCCACAGAGCUGCCAGCCCUCAACUUCCUUCCCACUGAAACAGCGAGAGGGAACAAGGUCUUCUGUGGGCACCUGCCCUAAAUCCUCCUCCAGUGGGCCCUUGGCAUCACACCCCAGCACUGGCCCCAUGGGGAAGGAGGGGAGGGCACUGGAGCAGGAAGUGAUUUGGGCUGAAGCUCCCUGCUCACACUCCAGCAUCUGCUCGCCUAGGCCAGGUUCGGUGAUGGCCCCAGCCCUCACAUCUGUAUUUGUUGCUAGGCCCCGGCUCCCUCAAAGUGCCACCGCCCCCCUCCCCGCCCAGCAGCAGUUCAGGCUCAUCCCCAGUGGCGGCCAAACUGCUUGGGAAAGGCAGAACGAUUCUGUGCAGCAGCCCCAGCUUCAAACCCUGGCAGAGGAUGUGUGCCCGCUGCUGCGCCCACACGCUCUUAAUGGGGAAUCGAUGCCGAGCACUGGGCCCAGCUCCUGGCGGGAAGUGGGUGAUGCAGGGGCCCAGCCCAACCCUGGACAAUUACUGACCAGCAGCUCUGCUGAGUGCUUCAGCCCCGAGGCCGCUGCGUUGAAAUGAACAGGCAGGUGUCUGCUUGGAGGAGGGUUUCCUUAAGCUUGGGUCAGGGGGUCAUGGCUGCUUCUCACAGCAAGAGCUUGGGCUAGUUAGGGGCUGCUGUGAGAAAACCCCAUAAGCCAGGCCCCUUCCCAUGGCUUGGUUCUCACAGCAUUCCAUAGCAGCAAGGUUCCCAAGAGCAGACUGAGCCCAGGGCUAGAAGUCAUAGAUGUUACUUGCAAAACUCUCCUUUGGCUUUUGCUGCUGCCUGCAGGCCCCCCAGCUGCCCCCCGGCCCGCCUUCCUCUCCUUUCUGCCCCCAGUGCUGUCCCCCUCCCUCAGCGCAGAUGCCCUUCAGUCCUGGCUCUUUCCCUUCAAUCAGGACUGAACAGUUCUUGUCUCAUGAUUCCUCUAGCACUAACCGCCGGCAGCACUGAGCUCACGCGUGGGCAUGUCACACCCUGCCCCCAUCCCUGCAUUGCCUUGUGGCAUUGGAAACCCUAGUGCAGACAGGCUGCCAGCCCCCUUUUAAACAAAGCAUCCAUUAGACCCGCUCAGAGCAGGGCUACAUCCACUGCUCAAACCAGCCAUGGCAGCCAGGGCCCUCUCCCUCCCUCCCUCCCUCCUCCUGGAAAGCCAUCGCUCCACCAGUGCUGGGGGGUAGCACACAAUCCCCUUGGCAAGUGACCCCAUUGAGACAGUGAAAGGCAAAGGAGCCCCCAUCCCCGGCCCUGGCUCAGCAAGACCAGUGCUACAGCUCUGAACACACAUGUGCAUUGUUGCCUCUCAAAAGCACUGCCUGGCCAAACUCCUCGGGGGCAAGCAGAGGGUGCUGGUUUCCUCAGCAAGUCCCCCAUGCCCGGGGCUGGAGAGCCAGUUUUAGCAGACAGCACUGCAUGUUAGUUUACAAACCCAGCUCUGCCCCUGCACGUUUGGCCUCUGUGAGUGUGCAGCUCCCUCUGGAGCACCCUUCCACUGUUCCGUCUUGGUAAAGAUCGUGUCCUGUGGUAGAAACCGGAGUCUCUUUCUGGCACAUGUGGAGACAGUUCAGGGUUUUCAGAGCGGGCAGGAAGGUCUUGACCCAUGGGGCUUGUUUUACAGCGAGCCCUUGUAUGCAGCUGCAAGGAUGAGCACAGCCCCCCCCCAGCAGAGCAGGUGCUCUGGGUGCAAGGCUCGGCCCCCUGCUCAGGGAACCACUCUAAUUACUCUAGCCAGAGCAGAGGAAAGCUCUUUAGUUCCUCACAAGUUAAAACGGGGGCAACCUCCACUCCCCAGCCCGCUACCUGGCCUCCCAGUGCAAGCUGGGGGGUUAGGCCCAGUCCAAGCAUUCCCUGGUCCAGGUUACAAACCCUCUGAGAACAUGUUUACAGAUGUAGGCAGAGGCUGCACUGGGCAAUGGUGUUCAUCCUUCCUGCGGUUCAGGUGACUAUAGAUACUGCUUAGGGUACAAUAGUUGCACUAGAAGAGUCAAGACUCCACUGCAUAGCAGGAUUGACCUGUAGUGGAAGGAUCCAGAGGUUUGAGGUUUUGUUGGUUGCAAAACACUUUUCUGUGCUACAUGUGCAAUAUAUUUGUUAUGAAUGUUACCACAACAAAGUCAAUUCAUUAAAUAAACUUUAUAGUCACUGUACCUAGAUGUUUUACAUCCAUUCCAAUGACUUUUAUUCCAAGUGCAAUAUUUCAAUAGACAUGUAGUGACCUAGUAUGCUUUGUGUUUUAAAGAAUCUGUGUGCAGAGCAAUGCAAAGAAGUUUAAACUCUGUAAAUAAAAUAGGUUGCAAACCAAAAGAAAAGAGUAAUAGGCUUGCAUUUAAUUUCUGUGCGAGUGUUUCAGUAUUCUGUAUUGGGCCGCCUCAAUAUCGCCCCCCUGUGUUCUCUGUGGAUAUUAACAGAGGAGUGGCUCCUCACUUGUUGAAUGCUCCCGUUAAUGCUUUACAGCUUUUAUUGUAUUAAUUUUUUAGACUCCUGUCUGCACAAAAUGCAAUAAAAUGAUUUUAUUACACCCUUCA